UAUCGAUUUUUGUUGAAACUAAUAAAUAAUGUAGGUUACUCUUGGUUCAUAAUAACAAUGCAGAAAAGAAGUACAUAGUUUAAUUAUUGCAACAUUAUUGAUUUUUCUAUUUAUUUAUUCAGUCAUAAUGAAGAAGAUUUCAUCACUGUCUAUGUAACUUCAUUCAAGUCCAUGGCUCCGCUCCGGUGGUAUCACAAUUCCAAUAGUGAAGCAUCUUCCAAACCAAUUGUAACCAAUAUCACUAAUUUACAGUUGAGGUUUCUAUGCCCAGCUGAUAUCAGAGAUGUAUGGACACUAUGCUCCGAGUGCUUCCCAAUUGAGUAUCCACAUUCGUGGUACGAAGAAAUCACAUCCAAUCCAAAGUUUUAUUCUUUAGCUGCACUUCACGAAGGUAAAAUCGUCGGUAUAAUCGUUGCUGAAAUCAAAGAAUACAUACGAUUAAGUCAAGAGGACAGGGAUAUUAUUUCACCGUGUUUGGGUAGUGCCACCGAAGUCGGCUAUAUAUUAAGUUUGGCUGUGAACAGAAACUAUCGACGUAACGGAGUAGCCUCUCUAUUACUGGAUAAUCUAAUAGCGAUUUUCACCACCAAGGAGUAUUCUUGUUGCAAAGCUAUAUUUCUUCACGUAUUGACGACGAACACAGCAGCAAUAAGAUUCUACGAGCGUAAAAAUUUUAGGUUACAUACAUUUUUGCCAUAUUAUUACUUCAUUCGAGGAAAAUGUAAGGAUGGAUUUACCUACGUGCUGUAUAUUAAUGGAGGACAUCCGCCUCGAAACGGUUUUUUUGAAAAUAUAAAAUAUACGCUCAGGUUGGCUUACGAAUCAGAAGCUGCGUUAUGGGCUUGGGAAAAAUGUUUUUGGAUUUUUCAGUGGAUGUUACCAGGAACAAGGCGCAUCGUUGUGGAUAACAGUACCGCUAUUGUUAUGCAAUAUUCUUGAUAUUGCACGUAGAACAUAAUAUGUGUUAAUGUUAAUGAGUGGUUUGUUGCUUUUUUUUUCAUGAAUAAUGUAAAUAUGAUCAAGGGCAUUAUUCUGUUUUCAUCGCCUUCUUCCUCUGCUUCUACCUUUGAAAAUAUUGUGUUCACGUGCGGAAUGAAAGUUUAUUCUUUAUCAAUCAAUAUAUUUAUAUUUUCCGUCACGAAAUUGUCGUUUGUCUACUUAAGAAGAGAUUUCAUGUAUUAAUCUUUUGGUAGAGGCUUUUGUAACAUACUUAGGUAAAGGUAACAGAAAAUAAAGUGAUCGAAUAUUUUCAAAAUAUCUAUUACGUAAUUUGAAACAAACCUAAAUUUCGAAUUACAUUUUUUAUGCAUCUAAAAAAUUUCAUACCAAUCUUAUUUCAUUUUUUUAUAUUCGUUGAGUUUUGAAAAAAAUCUAUCGAGAGGAUUUUUUUUAUGUUGAUUCAUUUAGCGUUGGAGAUUUUGUUACACGUGCGGAUAAAAAUUAAUUUUUGAAAAUAUUUUCGAUUUAAAAUUUUCAAAUUUGAACUCGACAUUCGUGUUUAUAAUUUUUCAACGUGAAAAAAAGCUAUGCUGAACAGUAACCGUGUUAUUAAGUUUGAAAAAUGUUAUUUUGACUAGCAUUAAGAGGGUUCAUCUUGCUGAAUUAAUCGGAUUACAUGUUUAGGUAGUGAGUUAAUUUGGCCUUUGUAAAUUUCACAUCUGCGUAGAUCUAAUUUUUAAUCCGUACUACGUUGUGGAUAAAAUUAAUUGGAAAAAAUAUGCGAUCCUAUUAGUUGAAAGCUUUAUAAAAGGUUGUAAUUGACGUAGACGAGUGAAUUUCACGCAGAAUCAACGAGUUAUAUCGAUGAGUUUCUGGUUUUGUGAAAUUUCAACGAGUACGCGAAAUGAGAUUACAUUUUUCUGAAGUACGAAUCGUUUUGAUUUUUUCCCUAUUCUCGUGGUUAAUUUAUUCUAGAGUUUUACAAAAACAUGAAAUCUGUUUUCAUUUUCAAUAAACGAGAUUACACCAUCCCGAGUAUUAAAAUUCCCCCUUGAGAAAUGAAUUUAUCAGCCAAUGAUAAUUUUUUGGUGUUAUAAAAUACACAUGUAUUUAUCCAAUUUCGCUUUUACUAAUGUUUUCGAAUGAUUCAUAAAUAUCAUAAUUAACGCGAAAUCUGUUUCAUUUGUUUUUUUGACUUAAUGUAAUUCUAAGAAUCGAACAUUUUUAUCGAUAUACUAUCGUGUGAUUCAUUUUUUUUUUGUUGUAAAAACACUGUUUUGUGGACUUUGUGAGCUGGGAGGCGUCUUGGAUCUGAAAUAUUUUACUUAACUUAAUGUUUGUUGUAAAUAAUUGUAUGAAAAAAUAUGAUUAUUUAAAUUGUACUAUGCAUGUAUUAAAUUUGUAUGAAAAUA